AAGUUCCGGUGUCACAAUCCACUCGUCGGUCGUGUUCAUUCCUCAGUUCUAUUGAAUUUUUCAUAUCGCUCACAUCGUAAAAUAACUCUUUAAAGUAUUUGUUGAAAAUUCAUAAACCAAAUUUGUCGAGCUCAAAUUUCUCCAAUCACAGUUGGAAUGAGCUCGGCGGACACAAAUCCGGUGGCUAUUCCACAGGAUAAUUCCUCACACCCCCCAUCGCCUUGUCCCAAAAAGAUGGCCAAGGCGAUGCAGCAGGCCAAGCUGGUCAAAAGCAAUAAUCAAGAGAUUGAACAGAAGGGAGACAAUGAUCAACACGAAUGUAUCCAGGACGUACUGAAUAUUGGCCCAGGCCAGGGCGCAGGCAAGACGGCCACUCUUCAGGCUCAAAUCGAGAGUUCAUCAGUGCCGAUGGAUAUAAAUUCAAAGGACAAGACUAUCCAGGGCAAGCCCGACAAGGAAACACAGGGUUUCGAAAUUCCGAUUUCCACGGACACAAAGCCCGUAGGUACACCGCAGAUGAUUGAUGCGGCUCUUUGGAAAAAAAGACUGCUACUGAAAAUGUAUUCACAGGCCAUGCAGGACAUUCAGAACGCGGUAAAUGAAGAUCGCCAGGCCAUGGACGGUCAGGACCAAGACGGCAAGACAGAACCAGCAGAAGAGUCGGCAACCAAGACUCCAAUGAAGAUUCAAAUUGGUAUUUCGUCAACUGGGCUACCCCCACCAGCCGAGACUCCUGAUGAGAUUCAUGGCCUCCUUUUGGUGGCCAAGGCAACGAAUCGCAAGGCAAAUACUGGUCAAGUUUAUUAUUGUCUCUGUCGCUGUUGCUGUCAAACUUUCGAUACGCUCAAGAAGAUGAUUAAGACCCAAGUCCAGACAACAAGCGCGGUCCUCAGCUACAAGGAUCUCACGGCCAAGCUGCGCGAUGAGGCCAAGAAGACCGACAUUAAGUUUUGGCUGCCCUUCAAGCCUGCCCGCAAGAAGAAAGUCAUCUCCACUCUGAUCAAAUCGCGCCAGACACCCAACCUUUGGCUGUCGGAUGUGCACAAUGUGAUUGCAGGCUCUGCCAAACAUCGCAAAUGCAAGAAUUUUACUUAUAUCUCCUACGAGAACUGCAGGGAUAAUCCGAAGUAUUUCUAAUUUGAUAGCAUCUACUGUAUGGAGUCUUUUUCCCAAAAUAAAUGAUUGCCCAUCCAG